AUGGCACUCGCCGAAGUAACAGGUGUCAUCUCGGCUAUCAUCACCAUCAUCGAGGCGUCAAUCAAAAUAUACCGCACCGCUGCAGAUGCGUCGGAUAUCCCGCAGUCCUUCCGUGAUGCGGCCUCGCGUCUCCCUCUGAUCCAAGACACCCUCAAGUUGGCCACCGACGGUCUCGCCGAGGAUGUUCUCGACACCCAGUCACACGCCUCGCUAAGCGCCGUGCUUGAAAAGUGCACCGAUAGGGUUGCAGUGCUCCUGGACAUCUUUCAGCUCGUCAUCACACCCGCUCGGGCUUCCCGGGCUGAGAGAUACCUGAGAGCACUGAAAACGAUCCCACAGGCGGAAAAGGUCGAAACCUUGAUGGAGGGAAUCAUGGCGGAUUUGCAGCUUCUGGCAACUAACCAGGCUGUCAAGGCUGCGACGAGGAAACAGAUGGAAAGAUUAAUAAGCAGGAUCGAGGUUAACGAUGAGUCAUGUCGCUCACCUAUCAUUCUAAAUAACUCGGGGCCUGGGAGGCAGUUCGUCCACAACGGGACGGGGCAUCAAAACGUUGCGACCGACACGGCUACGCAAAUCAAUGGGUCGUUCAGCGGAGGCACUUUCAGCUUUUAUCAAAAGUGA